GUUGGUUCUUCCUUUGCUCGGGGUGGUAAAAGGCAUCGGGCUCACCAACGCAUUUACAAACUGCGGUCGCGUUGGCUUCGAGACAGCCGAGAAGGGCGAACUCCUGAAGGAGCAGCCCUUCCACAGCCAGAGGUAUUCCACCGGCUACGGCCUGAAGCUUCUGCGUGAGGCCAUGCACUACAACAAGUCUUGGUUGCCGGAUCACAACUUUCUCAGCAGCCCUGAGGACGCUUUUCAGGCAGAUAAAUCUCCCACUCGAGAGGUUCAAGACUACAAGGCCAUGUCACACUGUGAAUACCUACGCUUGAAGCCCUUUGACACCCGCCACGCAAUCCUGUGCGCACGGCAUUCGCUGCUCUGUGGAAAACGUGGUGGUCUGCUGCUCCCCACACAGAAGGAUGAUCAGUGUGCUCUUGCUUCCGGAGCCCUGGGAUCCCACCCAGAUCUCGGCUUAAGCGACCUGUUCAAGGUCAGCAAGGAGAGGGUGGAAUGCAUUGAGCUCCUAUGCUCUUACGGUGGCUACAAGAAAGGGGCUCUCCAAUUGCAUCCGGACCGGCUCAUCGGCAGACCCGACCUGACAGCGGAGGAGAAAUCUGAGAAAACUGAGCAGUUCAAAAAGAUGGUAAACUGCAAGGACAA